CAACAACAACAGCAGCAGCAGAAUAGAGCUGCUAAUACUGCGAACCCAGGAAGUCCUGGUGGCAUUCUGUCCCCAAGUGCUGCUUCACAAAUGCUUAACUUUGACUCUGCCUUGCGGCGGGCUCACAUGGAGUCUCAGGGUAUAAUGGCACAGCCCACCCAUAUGUCCCUGGGCAAUGGCAGCGGCCUCAUACAGAGCUCAAUGCAAGGCAUGGUCCCGCAGAACGCCAUUGCCAACGGCAACAAGGCCCCAGCUAAUGGUGCGAAAGCUCAGGCCCAGGUCCAGGCACAAGGUCAGAAUGCCACGGCGGCGAUUGCGUCCAUGGUGGCCAAGCAACAGGUGCUUCCUGCCCAACAGACUGCGGCGGCUCCGAUGGUUUUGGGACAGAUAGGUGUGUUUUCUAGCCAGGCGAAUGCUAAUCUUGCCACAAGUUUUGUGACUCAGGGAGCAGUGAGCACCCAUCAGAGUGGAGGGGGCCUGCGUCUGAACCAGCCCCAGAUGGUGAACAGCGCCGGUCAGAUCAUCAGCUCACAGCCCAUGCAGGGCUUGCUGACCAACCAGGCCCUGAUGCAGGCGGUGGCCAACCUCCAGAUGCAGCAGGGGAUACCUCUGGCCGCGGCUGCCGCCGGACAUCAGGGGAUCAUCAACCAGGGACAGUCGCAGAUGCCUGCAUUUUUGGCGGGUCAGAAUCUGAUCAUCCGCACGCCGGGCCCCAUCCAGCCACAGCCCAUCACCAUGACCAACAUGCAGGCAUUUACAGGCAUGAAGACGCCUCAGCAGCAGCAGCCUCAGCCUCAGCAGCAGCCCCAAGCUGGAAAGCAGACUGGUGCCCCUGGUAAAGUUAUCCUCCCGUCAGUGUCUCGUGCCCCGGUGACCGCAAAGAUUCAGCCCAACAUGGUGGGCGGCGUCCCGCAGGCCAAGCUGAACGUCCCGGCCGUCCCCAAAACCCCGAAAGCUCGGCCAAAGGCCCAAGCCAAGGCGAUCUCCCCCGCUGCUGCUGCUGCUGCCGCCGCCGCCACUGCUACUGCGUCUACCUCUCCUGCUGUCGCUGCAGCCAACGUUGCCGUGAUGAUGACCUCUCCCACCGCGCCGCCCAUCUCCAAAUCCUCCCCGUUGGUCACCCCGGUCAGCACAGCGGCUAUAGUCACAGCGGCGUCUGCUGUGAUGGUGGCGGCGGUGACGGGCCCAUCUACAGUUACCACGGCAACGCCGGUGACUGCUGUUGUGCCGUCAGCAGUGGCCUCGCCCCACGUGGAGACGGUUGAGGUCAUCUCGCCCUCCCCUACCAAAGUGCCCCCGGCCGUGCCAGCUGUGGCACAGAUCAUUGCUCAAGCCAGUGCUGCCAAAAGUGCUUCAGAUUCAGAGACUGAAUCGGUGAAACCUCAACCUACCUCCGGCAACAGCAGCGGUGCGACCACCGUCGACCCGACACUCAGGGACAAGAUCAAGGCCAGCAUGGGUUCCUCGGCUGCCAGCGUCGCUCCGAGUGUCGCCACCACUGCAGCUGCUGCCCCAGUCGCCAACAGCAGCGGCAGCAGCACCAAUAGCUCUCCCACGAAGCUCAACGCUCAGGUGACAGAGGAGAAAGUGGUCAUUGACAAUAUUGUGAUGGAAGAGAAGCCUUCCAUCCACAGUGGGGAAGCCCCUCCAGCGAAACAAGCAAACGGUGGAGGUGGUACGGGUAACAACAUGAAGGCUGCGAUGGAGGCGGCUGGCUUGAUGACCUUGGUGAGAGAGACGAAGCCACUGACGGCCGUGGAACCGUCAUCCGUGCUGCCCCCGCAGCAGCCUGCGGAGAAGGUGGUGGUGGAGAAGCAGAGGGCCAUCGUGAGGCCGCAGAUCCUCACUCAUAUCAUCGAGGGUUUCGUGAUACAGGAAGGGCCCGAGCCAUUUCCGGUCCAACAGUCUUCUCUGCUGCAGGAGUUUAUACCUCCCAAAGCCAGCAGCAAAGUGUCCAAAGAGUCGGAAGAAGAAGGCACCAGCUAUGACGACGAGCCACCUACUCUGCUCAGCCAAGUGGACGGUCAGUAUACUGCUUCUCACUUGUCAAGCCCACAACUCCCACAAGAACCGGAGAAGACCCAACAACAACAACAGCAACAACAACAACAACAACAACAACAGCAGCCUGCUCCUCCACCCAAACCUCCAGUGCCUCUCCUCAAAUGCGAGAUCUGCCAGAAGGUGGCGCCUGCCUCCACGUUCAACAACUCACGGCGGUUUUGUUCAUUGUCGUGUUCCCGUAGACACAACGUCAGCCACACACGCCGCGUUGGUCUCUACAAGCCUCGAGGCACAGCACGCAAGAGAAAACAUAUACUUGGCAGAAAAGGCUGGCGGGCUAACAAAAACACGCGCCUGACGUAUGCUUUGUCUUCUGGCAAGACGGAAGAAAAUAAUGAGGACAGCAAUAACGUGCAGGCUGUGGGAGAUGAGAUGAGCAGUUCCAACAGUGUGCAGGAUACAAGCUCUUCUGCAGCCUCCCCGACCCCUGCCCCUGACUUUGAGAUGGAGGUGGAGACCAACAAUAUACCAAAGACUGACCCCGGAAAAUGGAGUGUCACGGAGGUGUAUGAUUUCAUCCAGUCGCUUCCUGGCUGCUGUGACUACGCAGAGGAGUUCCGCUCCCAAGAGAUCGACGGGCAAGCGCUUCUCCUACUGAAGGAAGACCACCUCAUGACGGCCAUGAACAUCAAGCUGGGACCUGCCCUCAAGAUCUGCGCUAAGAUCAACUCUCUCAGAUCUGACUUUGUCCCUCCCACGUGAAGCUGGGACAGUUUGCUUAUAAUGUACAUACAUAAAUGUAUAAAUAUGUAUAUAAAUAUGGGUGGGGGAAAGGGGGGGGGGGGUUGUUGGGACAGCACAUAAAAAAUUGGGAAGGGAUGAGGGGGGGGGGGGUGUGUCUUAUACUAAAAUUGUGUUGCAUUGGUAUGUGGGAAAUGUGAGCUAUAAGCUUGUUGUAUUGCAAUGUAAAUAGUUUUCUUGUCCACAUCUCUUUAUAUGUCUGUUCAAUUUUGCGCAAAGAGGAAGCACCUCUGUCAGAAAUGGUGGAAAACUGGCCAGUAACCUGUUUCAUCAUGUGAAAUGAGAGAUAUGGCUGUGGUGCUGAUUUAUCACCCUUAUCUUAUCAUUAUUUUUGAAGAGGAAAGGUCGUUGUGAUGUAAAGUUUGCCUCAGCUAGGAAGGGAAGACAGCCCAAAGACUCCUUAAACAGCCCGUCGAAAAAAGCUCCAUUCAGGAUUCAAGCAAGGGCCGUCGCCUACUCAAAGUUCAGCAUGGUGCCUUCUGAGCUAUCGUGUCACCAGAUAUAUACAACAUAUGAGGGUGUUUGUUGGAUUCAAGAGAAGCACAUGGCCAUUGUAACUACCUUAUAGUGUUGUCCUGGCAAAAAGCAAAAAAAUAAAAAGAAAUAAUGAAAAAAAAGUGAAGUAGAAAUAGCAAAAACUGCGGAGGAAGAAGUUAUCAUCACAUCUUUUUUCAGCAUUUGCAGGGCUGCCCACCCACCAGCUUGUUUUAGUGAUUAAGAAAUGGAAUAUUUGUAAUUGGCUCUAAAAUUUGUAAUAUUGCCCUGGAUAGUCUUCCUCCAGGGCCCUGGGGUAUCAGGGACAGGGAUUGUAGUCAGGCAAGUGUAAAUGUAACAUAAACACAGGUAUGGUGAAAAAAAUAGGUCUUGCCAGGCUCGUCAUUGUCGAGUUCAGAAAAAGAUGGGGGGGGGGGGGGGGGGGGGGGGGUUGGUAAGUUGCUGCUUGCAAAAACAAAAGAAACCUUUGGAAUUAUAGAAUAACGUACAUCACCACAAGCCUUUGAUCCUGAUUGUAAUGAUUUAUUUUUUUAUUUUUAAAAAAAUUCUUUCUUUGGCCUAGGCUGCGAAAGGGCAGGAAUUUUCUAACAAGGUUGUCCAACCUAAUGUUUGCCUUACUCCUGGCUAUGUCUACUUCUAUAGCCUUAAUAUUUUUCUAUGGACAAAGUGGCACUGACCUGCUGCAAGGGUUCAAUGUAAAGAGGAUGUGACAGCUACACGUGACCUAGUGACGUAAACUGUCUGUGUCUGGUAUUUUGUCUUCCUUUAUACACCAGGAAGGUUGGCAGUAGACUUGGGCAGCCGAAAUUUUUUUUAAUCGGAAUCAGGGGCAUUGCGAUCAUAUUUUCUUAAAGUUCACCAAAUUCGUAAUGGUGGGUAGUCCUGUACUUGUUGGCCUUGUGUCCUACUUCCACGUGGCAUUAGGCUGGAAUGCAUGAGCACAUGAGGUGCUGGCGUCGUAGUAACACAAGACACCGGUGUAAUACAAUUCUGCUGAAGAUCUUAUUUCUGUUGGAAUAAUCUUCCUUUUUAAGAAAAAAAAAUGUUUCUGAAUUUUUUUUCAGCACCACUCUUGACCUUUCUUCUCUUUUUUACUGUGCUCGAGUUGUUUUGUUUUGUUAUGUUAUACCCCAGGUAUAGUUGUCUCUAUGAUAAGCUUUUCUCCACUAUUCAAAAACAUUCUCUGUGGAUGGUUGGCGGGUGCUCUGGUUUGGUUUGCUCCUUCUUUCUUCUAAAAUAAAAAA